AUGAGGAGCUUCCACACUAAUACCUCAAGCACCUCAAGCUUCAUACUAACGGGCUUCCCAGAGAUGGAGAGUCUGGAGCACUGGCUGGCUGCCCUCCUGCUGCUGCUGUAUGUUAUCUCCAUCGUAGGCAAUACCCUGAUUCUCUUCAUCAUAAAGGAGGAACAGAGUUUACACCAGCCAAUGUACUACUUCCUGUCCCUUCUAUCUGUCAAUGACCUGGGAGUGUCCUUUUCUACAUUGCCUACAGUGCUUGCUUCUAUGUGUUUUCAUAUCCCAGAGACUGCCUUCAAUGCCUGCCUGGCCCAGAUGUUCUUCAUACACUUUUUCUCCUGGACAGAGUCUGGGAUUCUACUGGCCAUGAGUUUUGACCGGUACAUAGCCAUCUGUAACCCUUUGCAUUAUUCCUCAGUGCUUACUGAUGCCCGUGUGGCCCACAUGGGUAUGUCCAUCAUCAUCCGCAGUUUCUGCAUGGUCUUCCCACUUCCUUUCCUACUGAAGAGGCUACCCUUCUGUAAGGCCAAUGUUCUGACCCAUUCCUACUGCUUACACCCAGACCUGAUACGCUUACCGUGUGGAGAUACCACUAUCAACAGCAUGUAUGGGCUGUUCAUUGUCAUCUCUGCUUUUGGUGUCGAUUCAGUGCUCAUCCUCCUCUCCUAUGUGCUCAUUCUGCGCUCUGUGCUGGCCAUUGCCUCCAGAGAAGAAAGGCUUAAGACACUAAACACGUGCGUGUCGCAUGUCUCUGCUGUGCUCAUCUUCUAUGUGCCCAUGAUUAGUGUGUCAAUGGUCCACAGAUUUGUAAAGCAUGCUCCAGAGUAUGUGCACAAGUUCACAUCCCUGGUCUAUCUCUUCGUUCCUCCAAUGCUCAAUCCUAUUAUCUAUUCUAUCAAGACAAAGGAGAUUCGUAGGAGGCUGCACAAGAUGGUAUUGGGUACCAAGUUCUGA